AUCUGGGUAGGAAGUAGAGAGAACUGUCAGUACCGACCUUCUUUCCUCCUCUCCCCAGCGAACAAUUCUAACCCUCUAGUCCAAGAACUCUUUUCUGCACCCCCAAGAGUGUGUGCGAACUAUCACGAGGGGCUCAGAACGCCCUGGGAGAAGCAGGUCGUGAGAGGCCGGGGCUAGGCUGAGGAACCAUGCAGCUCCCGUUACACUUCAGAGAACGGAUCCAGAGGGGAAGAUUCCUGGCCCACAUUCCCGCCUCCCACCCCCAAGGCGGGAGACUUGGAAUAGUCCCAAGGGUCCUGGCUCCAGGCCAGGAGCUCCAAGAUGAGGGAACGAGGUGAUUGCAGUGGACUGGAAAGGCCUCAAGGAUGUGGACCAGAUCAACAUGGACAGCACCAGCUCACUGCAUGGCAGCAGCCUCCAUCGGCCUUCUACGGAGCAAACACGAACAGAUUUCUCCUGGGACGGCAUCAAUCUCUCCAUGGAGGACACCACUUCCAUCCUUCCGAAGCUUAAGCGAAACUCUAACGCCUAUGGCAUUGGGGCCCUGGCCAAGUCAUCAUUCUCAGGGAUCUCGAGGAGCAUGAAAGACCAUGUGACAAAGCCUACAGCCAUGGGGCAGGGCCGGGUGGCCCACAUGAUUGAAUGGCAAGGCUGGGGGAAGGCCCCGACAAUUCAGCCACAACAUAGCCAUGAGGCUGUGCGCAGGGAUACAGAUGCUUACUCAGACCUCAGCGAUGGCGAGAAGGAGGCACGUUUCCUAGCAGGUGUCAUGGAACAGUUUGCUAUUUCUGAGGCUACACUUAUGGCUUGGUCUUCCAUGGAUGGUGAGGACAUGAGUGUCAAUUCUACCCAGGAGCCACUGGACUGCAACUACAGUGACAACUACCAGGAGCUGAUGGAGAGUCAGGAUGCACUAGCUCAAGCCCCCAUGGAUGGAUGGCCUCACUCCUAUGUGUCACAGGGCAUGUACUGUCUGGGGUCAUCGGAUGCCUGGGAAGCAAGUGAUCAGUCCCUCAUUGCAUCUCCAGCUACAGGAUCCUAUCUUGGCCCUGCAUUUGAUGACUCACAGCCCAGCCUGCACGACAUGGGGCCUUCCCAACCUGCUUCAGGAUACUCUGCUCAGGAGCCUCCACCUUUGUUGGGGGUGGACACUGACUGGGCACCAGAGGUUGGUGGGGUGGACCUGGCCAAGGGACCUGUAGAGGAAGAGAAGAGACCGCUGGCCCCUGAGGAGGAAGAGGAUGCUGGAUGCAGGGAUCUGGAGUCACUUUCCCCACGAGAGGAUCCAGAGAUGUCCACUGCUCUCAGCCGGAAGGUGUCUGAUGUCACAUCCUCAGGUGUGCAGUCCUUUGAUGAAGAGGAUGGGGAUGCCAACAACUAGCUUCUUCCCACCCCACUCUUGACCUGAGGGGCAUGGCUGCAACUCAUACCCUCCCAAGCUCCAGCAGCACAGAUGAAACCUGGGCAGAAGACAGCAGGGAACCGGAACCGGGAGCUUCCAGCCCUCACCAGGCCGCUAGCAGCCCUGAAAAGGGAAGGACCAGCAGGGGCUUUUAUCUAGGCUUGCACUUCAGAAACCAUCAUUCCAGGAACUUGGACCCAGGCAAUUAGGUGGCAUGGUGGCAGGAGAUAGGCCAUGACUAUGGCUCUUGGGUCCAUGCCUUGGUCCAUCGUGCUGAACACUGAAUCUCAGUUCUUACACCCCUGAUUUCGUCUUCCAGGAGCCUUGGCUGUGCUGUCUGAAUGCCUCCUUUCUCCAUUUCACUCUUGCUUUCCUGAUUCUGUUUUCUCUGGCCAUGGCACCAGUGCAUCCCCAUAGCGGGAAGCAGGCUUUGGGAGCUGUUGGACAUGGCUUGGCGGGUACAGCAGAGUGGCCUGAAGGGCCUUUCUGUCCUCAGCAUAGACACUGGGCCCUGUUCAGGCAGUCUUUGGCUUUUGGGAUCAGGAGCCAAGGAUGAGGUGGAUGUGGCAGUUGGGAUUGAUAGGGGUCGCAGUAUCAUUCUUUAUCCCAAGGCCCACUCAGAGACAAGAGGGUCACCGAUGAGA